GCGCCCGCGCCGCCCCGCCACGACGAUGCGCUAGCCCCAGGGCGCCGGGACCGGCUUUCCGCAGCCUCGGAGUUGCGCCCGUGGAGGCAUCGUGGAGAGGCCGGGGUACCACAAACUUAUGGAUUUUGACAAGAAAGGCGGGAAGGGGGAGUCGGAGGAGGGCCGGAGGAUGUCCAAGGCUGGUGGGGGCCGCAGCAGUCACGGCCUCCGGAGCGCCGGGGCCAGCUCGGGGGUCCUGAUGGUGGGCCCCAACUUCCGCGUUGGCAAGAAGAUCGGCUGCGGCAACUUCGGGGAGCUGCGCCUAGGAAAGAAUCUCUACACAAACGAGUACGUGGCUAUCAAGUUGGAGCCGAUCAAGUCCCGGGCCCCGCAGCUGCACCUGGAGUACCGGUUCUACAAGCAGCUCAGCGCCACAGAGGGCGUCCCUCAGGUCUACUACUUCGGCCCGUGCGGGAAGUACAACGCCAUGGUGCUGGAGCUGCUGGGGCCCAGCCUGGAGGACCUGUUCGACCUGUGCGACCGGACCUUCACGCUCAAGACGGUGCUCAUGAUCGCCAUCCAGCUG